UCGUCCAUCGCUAAGCAGAGCACCAACCGAGAACGACAAAACGCAGGGGAAGGCACUGACGGCCGGCCGGCUACUCCCCCACUCCAAUUCCUCCCAACCCGCACGCGGCUUGCCAGGGCCGGCGAUGGCGAUCGCGCAAUCCCUAGCCCUGUCGUCCUCCGUAGCCGCCCGCGCCAGGGCCCGCCGCGCCGCGCCGUCCCGCGUGGCCGCCGCGGCGUCGGCGUCGGCGUCGGGCGAGCCCGCGCGGCGGCUCGCCGUCGAGUUCGACCCGGCGAUCCCGCUGGCCUCCGCGGUGACGCCGCCGAGCGGGUGGUACACCGACCCGGGGUUCCUCCGGCUCGAGCUCGACCGCGUCUUCCUCCGCGGGUGGCAGGCCGUUGGUCACAUAGGACAAGUCAAGAACCCAAAUGAUUUCUUCACUGGAAGCCUUGGAAAUGUAGAAUUUGUCAUAUGCCGGGAUGCAAAUGGGAAACUUCAAGCUUUUCACAAUGUGUGCCGUCAUCAUGCCUCACUCCUCGCAUGUGGAAGUGGUCAGAAGACUUGCUUCCAAUGCCCUUAUCACGGUUGGACAUACGGUUUAGAUGGUACCCUCCUGAAAGCUACAAGAAUAUCAGGAAUCAAGAACUUCAACAAGAAUGAUUUCGGUCUUUUACCAAUUAAGGUGGCUACAUGGGGACCUUUUGUGCUGGCCAGAUUUGAUGAUUCCUCUCAAGAUACUGUUGAUGAUGUGGUGGGCGAUGAAUGGCUGGGUAGUGCUUCAGAUCUGUUGAGUAGAAGUGGCAUUGACACUUCACUACCCCAUAUUUGCAGGCGAGAAUAUAUUAUCGAAUGUAACUGGAAGGUAUUUUGUGACAACUAUCUAGAUGGUGGAUAUCAUGUUCCAUAUGCACAUGGGGCCCUUGCAUCUGGCCUUCAGCUUCAAUCCUACGAAACACUUACAUAUGAAAAAGUUAGUGUUCAAAGAUGUGAAAGUGCCCCAGAAGAACAAGACAUUGAUCGCUUAGGGACGAAAGCUACAUAUGCCUUUGUUUAUCCAAACUUUAUGAUCAAUAGGUAUGGUCCAUGGAUGGACACUAAUCUAGCUGUUCCAUUGGAUGCAACCAGGUGUAAAGUGGUUUUUGAUUAUUUUCUGAACGAAUCUCUUCUGGAUGACCAGGAUUUCAUUGAUAGAAGCUUAAAGGACAGCGAACAAGUACAGAUUGAAGACAUUGCGCUGUGCGAGGGAGUCCACCGGGGCCUGGAGUCGCCGGCCUACGGCGUGGGCAGGUACGCGCCGUCCGUGGAGAUGGCCAUGCACCACUUCCACUGCCUCCUGCACGCCAACCUCAGUGGCUAGUGAUACUUAUGUGCGGCGUUCAAUAUUAUGUACUCCCUCCGUUUCUAAAUACAAGUCUUUGUAGAGAUUCCACUAAGUGGACUACAUACGGAGCAAUGAAUGAAUCUACACUUAAAAUGCAUCUAUAUACAUCCGUACGUGGUUUAUAGUGGAAUCUCUAUAAAGACUUAUAUUUAGGAACGGAGGGAGUAUAUAAUUGUGAACUGCCAUGCUGGGAGCACAUAGCCCAGGGCUGUAAUUCUACAGCUCGUCUUCUUCCCCCAUGGUACAAAACAGAGUGUUUGAACCGUGCGAAAUUGGACUAUGCCAGGUGAAACUAUAUCCGAAUAAAAUGAGUGAACCGUGAAA